UUUGUGGCAGCCCAGUGACAGGCAGGAGGCCAGGGCGCCCGGUCCUGCCACUUCAGUGGCCAUGGUGUCCAGGGACCAGGCUCCCCGGGGCCCCAGGUACGUGGGCCUCUGGGACUUCGAGGCCCGGACAGAUGAGGAGCUAAGCUUCCGGGCAGGGGACCUGUUCCAGGUGGCCAGGAAGGAGGAGGAGUGGUGGUGGGCCACCCGGCUGGACGCGGAGGGCGGGGCCCUGGCCGAGGGUUACGUGCCCUACAACUACCUGGCUGAGGAGGAGACGGUGGAGUCAGAGCCGUGGUUCUUCGGCCACAUCUCCCGCUCAGAGGCCCUGCACCGGCUGCAGGCCGAGGGCAACGAGCCGGGGGCCUUCCUGGUCCGGGUCAGCGAGAAGCCGGGCGCCGACUACGUCCUCUCGGUGCGGGACCGGGAGACGGUGCGGCACUACAAGGUGUGGAGGCGCGCUGGCCGGCUGCACCUCAACGAGGCCGUGUCCUUCCCCAGCCUGGCGGAGCUCGUGGACCACCACCGGGCCCACAGCCUGUCGCACGGCCUGCGGCUGGCCCUGCCCUGCUGGAAGCACGAGCCGGAGCCCCUGCCCCACUGUGCGGACUGGGAGCGGCCGCGGGAGGAGUUCACGCUCUGCAGGAAGCUGGGGUCUGGCUACUUUGGGGAGGUGUUCGAAGGGCUCUGGAAGGACCAGGUCCGAGUGGCCAUUAAGGUGAUAGCCCGAGACGACCUGCGGCACCAGCACGCGUUCCAGUCGGAGGUGCAGGCCAUGAAGAAGCUGCGGCACAAGCACAUCCUGGCGCUGUACGCCGUGGCGUCCGUGGGGGACCCCGUGUACAUCAUCACGGAGCUCAUGGCCAAGGGCAGCCUGCUGGAGCUCCUGCGGGAGUCCGAGGAGGCGGAGCUGCCCGUGCUGGAGCUGCUGGACAUCGCCGAGCAGGUGGCCCAGGGCAUGUGCUACCUGGAGUCGCAGAACUUCAUCCACCGGGACCUGGCGGCCAGGAACAUCCUCGUGGGGGAGAACAACGUGUGCAAAGUGGGCGACUUCGGGCUGGCCAGGCUCGUCCAGGAGGACAUCUACCUCUCGCGUGACCGCAACGUCCCCUACAAGUGGACAGCCCCCGAGGCGCUCUCCCAGGGCCUCUACUCCAUCAAGUCUGAUGUCUGGUCCUUUGGGGUGCUCCUCCACGAGAUUUUCAGCAGGGGGCAGGUGCCCUACCCAGGCAUGUCCAACCACGAGGCCUUCCUGAGGGUGGACGCGGGCUACCGCAUGCCCUGCCCCCCGGAGUGCCCCCCCACCACGUACAAGCUGAUGCUCUCCUGCUGGCACAGGGACCCGGGGCAGAGGCCCUGCUUCAGAGCUCUGCAGGAGAAGCUCUCCAGCUUCACCAGGUACGAGAACCCCGUCUGAGGGACCGCCCUGCCCGGCGCAGAAGACCCCCUCACGGUCUGGAGCCUAGGCCACCCCUUCUGAGACCCCAGGACCAGGAGCGUGCCGGGCCCCCCCCCCCACCAUUGACUGCAAGUCUGGAGCAGGGCCAGCCUCUCCCCAACGGGAGUGGAACUGUCCCCGGCUGCAACCCCAGCCCCCAGCUCCACCAGGACCAGGGCGGGCCCUCUGGGACAGUCCGUGGUGCAGACCGGGCCCCGGUCUCCCCAGCACCCAGCAGACAGGGCAGUCUGGACACACGUGGGGUAGGCAGAACCGCUGCCACUCGAUGAACACACAGGGACUGCAGCACGGAGUGGGGGCGGGAGCUCUUUUGAGGGCCCACUGAGCUGCCCUCCCCUGGCCACUGGAGGCCGGGGGACCCAAGGCAGGUAGAUGGCCCCACCGCUCUUCUCAGCUCCCCGAGUCGGACUGUGCCCAACGCCAAGCUGCCCACGAGUGGAAGGCCCCCUCUGAAGCACCCCUCCCCCUACCCUCUGCCUUGGCUCUGGGUGCCUGGGGCCCCGACAAGGGGCUGUAAGUGACACCUCAGUAAGACUGCCCAGGGCUUGCCCCACACAGGCUGGGGCAGCCUUUGUCCUCCCCACCCUCCAUGGCGCUGAGGGACCUCAUCAAGGUCCUUUAAGGGGCACAGCUCCCCUCAGCUGACAGCUCCGAAGCCCACAGCCAGAGGUCCAGCCUGCCUCCCAGAGGCCAAGGGGCCAGGGGCUGUGUCCUACAGACAACAGGACCUCGGGGGCAGCUCUUGGACCACUGGCUCCCAGGCACCCCACCCUCCUCACCAGAACCGCUCCCGAGGGUGGAGGACCUGGCCCGCCUCAGAGCAGAUCCCCAGCAAGGCCCAGGGCAAGGGGCCAGUCCCACCCUCGGCUGGACGAUGUCUCCCACAGCUUGGGACACACAAGUCGGGGUGCCACCAGGGGCGCUGCCUGCUCAUUGUUUAUUUCCCACUUGGUGCAAGGCACAUGGUUACAGGGACGGCAGGGAGGCUCGCGUGUGGCUUGGGUAAUAAAGAGCACGACUCUCUCAACUUC